CUUCAGGAACCGGCAAAAUGGGUAUCUCCAGAGACUCCAGGCACAAGCGCUCCCACACCGGUGCUAAGCGCGCUUACUAUCGGAAGAAGAGAGCCUUCGAGGCGGGUCGCCAGCCCGCUAACACCCGUAUCGGUGCUAAGCGCAUUCACACCGUCCGCACCCGCGGUGGUAACCACAAGUACCGUGCCCUCCGUCUCGACUCCGGUAACUUCGCCUGGGCCUCCGAGGGUUGCACUCGCAAGACCCGUGUGAUCGUUGUCGCGUACCACCCUUCCAACAACGAGCUCGUCCGUACCAACACCCUCACCAAGUCCGCUGUUGUCCAGAUCGACGCUGCCCCCUUCCGUCAGUGGUACGAGGCCCACUACGGCCAGCCCCUCGGUCGCCGUCGCCAGCAGAAGCAGGGUCAGGUUGUUGAGGAGGUCAAGAAGUCCAAGUCUGUCGAGAAGAAGCAGGCUGAGCGCUUCGCCGCCGCCGGCAAGGUCGACCCCGCUCUCGAGAAGCAGUUCGAGGCCGGUCGUCUCUACGCCGUCAUCUCUUCCCGCCCCGGCCAGUCCGGUCGCUGCGACGGCUACAUCCUCGAGGGUGAGGAGCUCGCUUUCUACCAGCGCAAGCUCCACAAGUAAACGUCUCGCCCUUGCCGGGAGGAGUUUGCUGUGCCAGGAGGAUCAGGGAGGAAGAUGGAUUGAUGGGUCAAGCCUCGCGUCGGCUGUCCGCCCGAUUGUCGAGUCUGUCGUGUCCAUUGUCGUGCGAGCUAUGCGCAAAGGUACGAGGACCAACAUGUGGUUCCCCGUCGUCUGAAAAAGGAUGGUGGCCCACUGCUUAUUCCCUUUCGCUGCUUCGUUUCUUCGGUAAAAGGCAUGGAAUGGGGUUUAUAGGGCAACGGGAUAAUGAGAGAUACCAUGACAAUUCACAGCCACCCGAGUCAAUCCAAAGCUUCACUUCACUAAUUUUCUUGAAAUUCGCCGUAAUUCAUGAUGUACGAUCUUGGUUUAGAGGAGGUCUGAUAUGAAAAUAAUAUCUCCGUAUGUAUCCUCAUCAAGUCAUCAAGCCUGAACAGCUUGCAUCCC